UGAUGGAGCUUUCUUCGAUCCAUUAUUUACUUACCUUUCUGCCACAAGGAAUAACAUAGAAGGCUGGGAGUUAUCACCUGAGCCAGUUCAUGAGGAAAAUAUGGAUGAUGAGCUCUCAUCAGAAGAUGAGGAUAUGCACAUUCAAAAUGGAAACGAGAAUUUUGAUAACCAUGAUAACGAGGCUUGUGAAGACAUACUUGAAAAUGUUCAUGUCGAUGAGAUAGAGAUAUCUCAAACAAUUCAAGAUGUGAACGUUGAAGGUGGGGGCUCUUCUUUCGCUGAGAAGAACGUGAAUCGGAAAAAGAGGGGAAGAAACAAAUGCAAGGAAAUUGCCAAGCUUAAACCCGAUGAGAAGUUGGAGAUUACUUUCUACAACAAUAGAGCUGUUGGAAUAAAUCAUAAAGUAUUUGCACGACAUUUGGGGAUCAUAGUGAGAGAUACAAAUAUCUGCCCGGUGAGAGUGCGCAAAUGGGAUGAUAUUGGAGAUAAAAAAAAGGAACACAUGUGGAGUGCCGUCACGGAUGUCUUCACUAAUGAAAGCAUGGACAUUUACAAGCAACAUGUCCUUGGCCAUAUGAGAGAGUUAUGGACAAACUGGAGGUCAGACUUGUUAAGGAAUAAUGUCACUAAAAAGGGAAUCACCUUAGAAGUUGCAGACAAAGGUGAACCACCUAGUGGACUUGACGAUAAGGAUUGGAAGUGGCUUAUAAAGGAGGUUUAUUCUGACGAAAAGUUUAAGGAAAGGAGUGCAAGGAACUCUGAAAAUAGGCGCAGUUAUGCAAAAGAGCUAAUGCAUCGAACAGGGAGCAAGCCUACUAGACAAGUCAUUUGAGAUGAAUUGG